AACCGGAACAAGCAUAUGUGGGGGCUGGCCACAAAUUCAUCGGACGACUAUUGUAGUCAUGCCUCACAAUUUGGGUCGAAGAAAAUCACGGUCAUAACUCAGCUAUGGCUGGAGUUUUAGCAAGGCUUCUCUUCUACCCUACGUUAGCCUACAAUGUCGUCAUCGAGAAGGUGUCGUCGCGAAGGUGGUUUGACCGUGUGGACGAGACGGUUCUGCUUGGAGCGCUGCCCUUCAGAUCCAUGACCAAACAGCUGGUAGAAACUGAGAAUGUCCGAGGAGUUAUCACAAUGAAUGAGAACUAUGAGACCAAACACUUCUGCAACUCGGCUGAGGAGUGGCAGGCUGCUGGGGUGGACCAACUGAGGCUGAGCACAGUGGACCUCACCGGUGUUCCCAGUUUAGAGAACCUGCACCGAGGAGUCGAGUUCGCUCUGCAACACAGAGAGAAGGGAAACAGCGUUUAUGUCCACUGCAAGGCUGGACGAUCUCGGAGUGCCACGCUGGCUGCUGCAUACCUCAUACGGCUACACUGUUGCACCCCUGAGGAAGCGUGUCAGAAACUGGUGUCUGUCCGGCCACACAUCCUGGUACGUACUGCCCAGCUGGAGAUGCUGAGGAAAUACCACCUGCAGGUGUGCACAAAGUCCCAGUAGGAGUGAAGCAUGGCGUAUGGACAGCAUUAUGUGCCUACGGCUGGACUUGGCCACACGUGAACUUGGUUUAUUUUGUACCAUUUUGUACACUCUGUGUACUCAGACAGCAGGGCUCAUUGUACCUUUUAGGUUUUUAAAUGAGCAUUUUCAAAGUUUUAGUGGAUUGGUUAAAUUUUUUUGUUUGUUUUGUUAGUUCAAUACUGUACAACAAAAGAGUGAACUUGUAUUCAACGUUUCCUACCCUGAAUGGUUUUCUGUUUGCAGUCUGAACAAAUGUAUUUUGUAUUGAAGAGAGCAGUAAUACAGUUAAUCAAACAGGAUCUGAACAUGUAAACCUUUUAAAAUAAGUGAAUUCAAAUUAUAUUCCGUUGAUUUUACAGCCACCAACCACAGUGCAAAAAGUCUUAAUUUUUCCUGUUGUUUAAUGUAGUUUAAAAUACUGACAUUCUUUCUUCAAUAAAAUAUUUAAA